GGUGUCCAUCUCAUCUCUUCCCCCCUGCUUCCAACUUUCCCCUUUCACCCACUCAAAUUAAUCUUCUUUCACAUUGCUUUUGCAUAAACCUCCAAACGGAAACUACCGUCUCCGCGUCGUCGUCCUCUUCACGGAGACAAAUCCCUUUUCCUUCCAAAUCUCUGCUUUUUCCCAUUUCAUUUUUCUUGUCUUUCUUAUACAAGUACCUCUCUCUCUCUCUCUCUCUCUGCAGCCCUAAUGCAAUAAAAACACAGUAAUUCGAAUAAACUUCGGGGGAAAAAGGAACUGCGAUGGUUUUAUUCCGAGGUUAGCCUUCCGUGCCUGUCUGAUCUGAGAUACAUAUUGAAUCAAGAGCUUUUGGGGGCGAAAAACGAGUACUGCCAGAUGGCGUCGAAGAAGUCGAGCAAAAUCAUGAGGAGGCUGGAAUCAAAAAAAUCACAUUCCUGGUGGUGGGAUAGCCACAUUAGCCCCAAAAACUCCAAGUGGCUUCAAGAAAAUCUCGAGCAGAUGGACCAGAACAUUAAGCGGAUGCUGAAGCUGAUCGAAGAAGAUGGCGACUCGUUCGCGAAGAAGGCAGAAAUGUAUUACCAGAAGAGGCCAGAGCUGAUCAACCUCGUCGAGGACUUCUACCGCAUGUACCGGUCUUUGGCCGAACGCUACGACAAUGUCACCGGAGAACUUCGCAAAAACAUUCCCUCCGAUCUCCAAUCCCAAGGCUCCGGCGUUUCGAGUGCCGGUUCCGAACCUACUUCUUCUCUGCCUUCUCCUCGUCACAAAUCCGGCGGGCCCCGCGCCGCCGGAUUUGGGAUCUUCCUCGGAGGUGGUGGCGGAAACGUCUCGCCGGACAAGGAGGGGGACGAGUCUUCGGUGUUGGAUUCUGAGUCGGAAUCCGACGAUUCUUCCUCCGUCAACAAUUAUCCGAGCCCUCUCGGCCAUGAUGGGGACCAUGGCUUCUGCGAGGUCAAGGAAAAGGUCGAUUCAAGACCGAUAGAGGUUCACGAUGAUUUAGAAGCAGAAGUUGUGGACCCCGCCGAGUUUAAAAAGAUCCAAACGCUCGAGGACGAGCUGAGGAUCGCUAAAGAAAAACUGCAUGUUUCAGAUGAAGAGAUAAAUAGCCUAAGAAACGAGCUCAAGAGGAACGAGAACUUAACGAUGCAAUUGCAGAAAGACGUGUCUGUUUGGACAGCCAAAUUUGAAAAGGAGAAAAAAGAGGUCUCCAAACUACAUGACCGGAUCGCAAGGUACAAGACAAAUCUAUCAGAAAGAGACCAGGAAAUCCGAGGAUUGAAGGAAUCAAUAUCCAACUCGAACAAGGCCUUAUCGGAGGAGAACUUGCAGCUUCAAGAGGAAAUCAAGAAACUGUUGAAGGAAAGGGCAUUCCUGGAAGACAACGCGAAAGAAAUGGACGUCCGGUGCCAAUGCCUAGAGGAGGAGGCGAAAAGGGCUUUAGCUGGAAAAUCAGAAAUGGAAGCUCUGCUCGGCUCCGAGAUCGAACAGUUACAAUCAACCAUUGUAGAGAGAAAUGGAUGCGUGGAAGAAUUAAAAUCAAUGAACAACGAGCUCAACGACGAGAUUGAUGAGAUGAAGAAGCACUUGCAUGACCUGCAUGUGGAGCACGUGCAGCUGAUCGCCGAGGCUGAUGGGACCUGCAAACAGGCGGAGGAGCUGAGAUCAACCGUCAAAGGUAUGGAGGAAGAGAUUAGGAGACAGCAGGAGACGAUUGAGGAAGGGGCGGAGGAGAAACGGGAGGCUAUAAGACAACUCUGUUUCUCGCUGGAGCACUACCGGAACGGCUAUCACCGCCUGCGACAGGUCUUUAUGGGCAACAAAGGGCUACCUGUGAUGGCGUCCUGAAAAAACAAUACACACAUUUUCCUCUUUAAUUUCCCCUUUUUUUGUUUUGUGUGUCUUGUUGUGUGAUGUUUUGUUGCAAUCUUGAGCCCAUGCCCCAUGGUGGUUCAUUCUGUGUUGGUAUAAAUAAAUGUUUUUUGGUUGAGGUUUUUGGUCUGGUCUUUAUCUUUAAGGUAUAUAUAUACACUGAUAUGUAAAGGACGGAAUCGCUUUUGGUGCAUUC